GUGAGGGCUGGAAGAUCACUGUGUGAAUGAAAUGGAAAGACAGUUAACAAGAUGUGAACAGUCCCUGGACAAAACAAUAGAGAAAAACCUUCACUUUGUCUAGUAUCUGGGAGUCGUCCUCAUGUGCAGGUAACAAUGUGGAUCACUUUGGGCUUGGUCUGCUGCUUAGUUUUUGGAGGACUGCCUUCAGCUCAUUGCACUUGCCCUUCCCAAUGUAGCUGCGCCUUCUAUAGUAUCAAUGAAGGAACAAAAGCAAGAACUGUGCUGUGCAAUGACCCAGAGAUGACACUCACCCCUGUGAACAUCCCAGGAGAUACAUCUAAACUUCGAAUAGAAAAGACGGCCAUCAGGAGAGUACCAGGAGAAGCUUUCCAUUCUCUCCGUAACCUGGAAUACCUCUGGAUGCCCUACAAUUCUUUGGCUAGUGUCAGUGUGAUUACCUUUAGGGGUCUCCGCCGGUUACAGGAAUUGAGACUGGACGGGAAUGACUUAAUCUUAUUUCCAUGGGAAGUUCUUGCAGACAUGCCCCAGCUACGGCUGCUGGAUUUACACAAUAAUGAACUCACCUCAGUACCAGCAGAAGCUGCUCGUUACAUCAAAAACAUCACCUACCUGGAUCUGUCUAGCAAUAAAUUGAUGACUCUUCCUCAAGAGGUUAUUUCAACCUGGGCUAACCUCCAAGUAGUUCCUUACUUCCCCAAUGACAAUUCCAAGAUCAUCUUAGGUUUUCAGGACAAUCCUUGGGUGUGUGACUGCAGUCUGUAUGAAAUGGUCCAUUUCCUAAACUUCCAGUCUCCUAACAUAGCAUUUAUAGAGCCAAGACUGAAAUGCUUCACCCCAUGGAGUCUUGCUGGAGUCUUCUUCAGUCAAGUCGAACUAAGAAAAUGUCAAAGCCCUGUUGUACAUACUUCUGUAGCCAAAGUGAAGACCAUACUGGGUAGCACUGUGUUACUGCGGUGUGGUACUACUGGGGUACCUAUUCCUGAACUCAGCUGGAGACGGGCUGAUGGUAAUCAACUCAAUGGCACAGUGCACCAGGAAAUUUCUAGUGAUGGAAUGAGCUGGUCUAUUCUAGGCUUGCCUGUAGUCUCUUAUCUGGAUUCUGGAGAGUACAUUUGUAAAGCAAAGAACUUCCUAGGGGCUACAGAGGCUUUCAUAUCCCUCAUCAUCACUGAUUCUGAAGGCACUGAUGACUCUAAUGCUAACUCAAAAGGAAUAUGGAAUAGGAAGGUGAGCGGGAUGGAAGCAGCUGCUUACAAUGAUAAGCUGGUGGCUAGGUACGUUAUCACAACCUCAACUUCACCUACAUUAGGUGCCAGACCAGUCCGUGUUAACACAGAAGGGAAUCUAGGGUUCCAGAAUGAGGCACAGAAUAUGGUUAAGGAGCAGAAUAACAACCCAAGAAAUCUUCUAUCAAGUCUACCCACUGGUCAACAGGAGCCAGAACGUAUAGUGAGGUCUGUCAGAGUGAUAGGAGACACAGAUCAAAGUGUCUCAUUGGCCUGGAAAGCUCCUCAGGCAAAGAACACAACCAUAUUCAGUGUCCUUUAUGCCAUUUUUGGAGAAAGGGAAAUGCGCAGAAUCAGUGUGGAGCCAGGUAAGACUAAGAUCACCAUUGACGGGCUGAUGCCAAAGACCAAAUACAUAGUGUGUGUCUGUGUGAAAGGGCUGAUCCCCAGGAAGGAGCAAUGCAUCAUAUUUUCCACAGAUGAAGUUGCCAGUGCUGGUGGAACCCAAAAACUCAUUAAUGUAGUGGUGAUCAGUGUGGCCUGUGUCAUUGCUGUGCCUCUGACCCUAGUGGUCUGCUGUGGGGCAUUGAAAAGGCGCUGCAAAAAAUGCUUAAUGCGGAAACCCAAGGAAGUUCAGGAGUCCUAUGUCACAUUUGAAAGUCUGUCUCCAGGGGCCAAAACUAAAGGAUUGGAAGGAGAAUACUUGACUAGACACACCCCAGAUGAGUCUAACAGGCUGCUCUCUGCACGAUCAAGCGAGGACUCAGAAGCAAUACCAAAGACAGAGGGGCAACCCAAUGAGUACUUUUGCUGAUAUUACUAGGCUAAUUGUUGGCAUGUUAGAUCCACAUGCACACACAAAUGCAUAUGACUUUACCCUGUAGAUCAUACAUCAGUACAUGCUGUUGCAGGUCAAUCCCAACAUGUUCAAGAGAGCAAUGUGAGAAGACUGGUUAUACUCCACUCUUUUGGAACGUUUUGCACAGUUUUGUUUGCUGAGUUGCAUCUAAUCAGAUAGAUGCAAAAGAUUUCUGUGAUUGUUCCUAAAUUCCCCUGUGAUAUUGUUCCUUUGUCAAAAUGAAGUUGUCUAAUUGAAUAUGAAAAUAUUAAGCAAUGUUGUUAAAUACAUUCUUGUAUAUUGUUGCUUGCAUAUCCGGCUUGUUGUACACGAAAUAUUUUAAUAUUAACUAUGCUGAAUUGCUUUAGGAUGACAAUGAAGUUGUUUCUAAUGGUAAUAGAAAUUUAACUACAAAUGUGAAGAUUCAUAGACUCAAUUGGUGCUCCCCAAACAAUUAAAAGCUUGUGUGAAAAUACCCAGCUUGAUGCUUAAUAGAUCAUGAAAUGCAAAUACACAAUUAACUAUAAAACGUGACAAUCAUAAUUUAUUAUUACAUUAAUGUAUUGAUUUGAGGAAAAAUAGUAAAAAAUAGCAAUCAAGGGAAUAAAUUAUGUAAGUGUGAUCCCGGUAUUUAAUAUUUAAUGCCACAUCCCUCACAGAUUUCUAUGUUUACCAAUAAUAUUUUGCAAUGUCAGAUUAGUAUUUUAACAUGGCAGAUUAGUUGAUGAAGUAUGCAAUUGACCAAUAUGAUGUUAUUUGUAUUUAUUAGGUUUCAAAUGGCGGUUUUAGAUGUUUCACAAAGACGAUGCUAAAAUAUUCUUGCAUUAAAUGGUUUUUGUAUAGUGAGCUUAUCUACAAUACAAUAUUUGGCAAAUAAUUUAAUUUUACUGGGUCAGAUUCUGCUCUCAUUUACAUCAGUGUCAAUCUGGAGUGACUUUAGUCUGGAGUAACUCCACUGAAAUCAGCAUAGUGACAUAGGGUAAAUGAAUGAAUAGUCUGGCCCUUAAGAAUCAAGGGCACAAUAUUUUGAACGUUCCUAACAUGAGUAGCAUGUACUCAGCUGAGUAGAUCAAAGGGACUACUCACAUGAGUACAGGUUACAAGACUAGACUGCAAGAGAUAUGCAUUUACUUUCUCAGUUACCUGCCAUCAUCAUGUGUCACGUGAUUUAGCUUAUCCAGCUAAAGUGAGCGGAAGCAGUUGCUUUCCUCAGGUUACUGGCGGUGAUAGGUGACUACUAUAUUAUAUGAUUGUGAUCUUGCUGUCUUCACACAUUGCACAUCACCACUGAAGAAAUAGAAUAUCUGGGGAGUAUAAACACUAAUUUUGGGGAAUAUAUAAUUUGGGGGGGAAAGAAAUAUUCA